GGCGUACUAGGAUAAAUUUCAAUACAGUAAACAGGAUUUACCUUAUUUUUAUCCAUGAGUGAAGUGAACAGAAAGUGUAGAUUGUGCUUGCGCCAAGCCGAUGUCGCUAGUGGCAGCACCAUUACGGAUAAAGAAUUUCAGAAUAUGAUGAGUUGCGUAUUCUUUUUCUGGAUUCCAAACGGAUAUGCCUUACCUAAAAGCGUCUGUCGUCAGUGUUACCUAAAAAUACGAGACUUUUAUGACUACAGUAAAGUAGUUCAGGCUAACCAGGAAAUAUUAAACCGAGAAUAUGAUAAUCAUUUACCAGUCGUUGAGCAGGACCUUCUUCCGGAAGCAAAAGACAUGGCGAACGAAGAGGGAAGCGAUGAUGACUGCCAACAACGAGGGAUUGCUCUGGACAUUAUGGAAGUAAAAAUGGAACCAAUGCCUGCUAGUGACGACGACAGUGAUUUCCUUUGCAAUGCAUCAUCCGUUUCCGGAAUGAAAAGCGAAUACAAUACUGAUGCUUCAAACCUUGUAGUGGCCAAAACUGAAACACGAACUAGAGACAAGGACAAAGUAGAGGGCGAUAGAAAUCGGGAUGGAAACAGCCUUUGUAGGAAUCAAGGCGGAUUGCAAAAAGUAGAAUGUCCAGUGUGCAAGAAAAUGUUCGGAUACCAUUACAUCAAACACCACUUUUCUAGCCAUCUCAGUCCGCUUCAGUGCGAAUUGUGUGGCAAAUCGUUUGCUGCCAAAAAGAACCUGACGCGGCACCGACAGGUAACGCACGGAUUUGCCAAAAAGCUUAGCAUAUACGAUUUGAUUCCAACUUGAGGGACAACUGAUAGGUUUUACUAGAGAACUAUCCGUUGCACUAGGGAAAGGUUGAGGAUGGGUAUUUGUGAUACCAUACAGAGAUAUUGUAGAACAGACACAUGUUGAAACAAUGCGCCUAAUAGUGUCGUUGAUAUUUAUUUCCAUUUUUAGAAGAUCUCUCACUCUCCCUCUUUUUAAAAUGUAUUUGCAAUAAAGUAUUCUGGAACGUGUAU